UCUCAUUCUCAAACAACAAACUUGCAGACGGACAUUAUAUUUGACGAGUGAUUUUUUGUAUGUGUGUGUGUGUGUGAUUCUAUAGGUUUAACAAUUCUCAAUUCAACAUAUAUAUUAUAUACCCGGCAUUCUUUUUUUUUUUCUCUUAACGUUUCAAUUACCUGGCCUGUUGUUGAUUAUCUUGAUCUUGAUUUUACUUUUAAAUAUCUAAUAAAUUUCCAAAUAUUCCAAUUUGUUAUUGUACAUCUACAAACAAACACGCGUGUGCUUAAAGCACAUGUUAUUCUCAUUAAUUUAUUGCUGUCAUUUAUCGUUGUUUUUUUUCAUGACACGUCAAUAUUACAACAUUGAAUUUGUUUAUAUUUUCAAAUCCAUGUUUUUAUAAUAUAUUAGUAUAAUAGACAAAAGACACAGACAAACACAAAACCACAGCAAGCAAUCGAAUAAAUGAAUGAAUGAAUAAGUGAAUUUAGUUUUUUCUAAAAUAUUUUUAAAAUUUUUAUUCUGUAUACCAAAAAAAACAACAAAACAAUUCUAUCAAAUAUGAGAUUAUUAUUCUCAUUGAUACAACUAUUUUUCGUGAUAUUAUUCUCAUCUUUUAUCAUUCAAAAUGUCACAUGUGUGGCAGUUAUGUCGGUUGAUCUUGGAUCCGAAUGGAUGAAAAUUGCCAUUGUCAGUCCGGGUGUACCAAUGGAAAUCAUAUUGAAUACGGAUUCACAAAGAAAAACACCAUUAGCUGUUGCAUUCCGUGAUGGUGAACGUUAUAUCGGUGAUUCAGCAUUGAAUGUUGGUAUACGAUUUCCGGAGAAAACAUUUACACAUUUUAUCGAUUUAUUGGGUAAAUAUCGUAUCGAUUCGAUUGCUGUACGGAAAUAUCUGGAAAGAUUUCCUUAUCAUACGAUUGUUGAAAAUGAAAAAGAUCGAACCAUUGAAUUUGUGAUAAAAGAUCAAGAUCAAGAAUUACGUUUUACACCCGAAGAAUUACUGGCAAUGAUGCUCAAUAAAGCUCGACAUUAUGCUGAAAUUGCAUCGGCAUCAUCAUCACCUACUGGUCAGGCACAAACAAUAACCGAUUGUGUAUUAACGGUUCCGCCAUAUUUUUCUCAAACCGAACGUAAAGCUCUAAAAUAUGCAGCUCAAUUAGCUGGACUAAAAGUUUUACAAUUGAUCAAUGUAAAUUCAGCUUUUGCAUUGAAUUAUGGAAUAUUUCGACGUAAAGAUUUCAAUUCAACAAAUCCAACCAACAUUUUAUUCUAUGAUAUGGGUGCCGGUUCAACAUUAGCUACUAUUGCCAGCUAUCGAUUGGUUAAAACGAAAGAACGUGGCUUCACCGAAACUGAUCCACAAUUGACAAUCAAAGGUGUCGCCUUUGAUCGUUAUCUUGGUGGUUUUGAAUUACAAUUACGUCUUCGUGAUCAUUUAUUGAAAUUAUUCGCUGAACAUAGUAAGAAAACUAUCGAUGAAAUCCGAACGAAUAAACGUGCAAUGGCAAAAUUAUUGAAAGAAGCUGGCCGAUUGAAAAAAGUUCUAUCGGCUAAUCAAGAACAUAAAGCACAGGUUGAAAAUGUGAUGAAUGAUAUCGAUUUAAAAGCAAUGGUUACACGUGAACAAUUCGAAACAAUGGCAACAGAUUUAUUGAAUGAACGUUUAAUGAAAACAUUGGAUGAUGUUUUCAAAAAUGCCGGUAUAACAUUGGAUGAAAUUGAUUCAUUCAUAAUUAUUGGUGGAUCGACACGUAUACCUAAAAUUCAACAACAAUUGGAAUCAUAUUGGUCACGUGAAUUGAGUAAAAAUAUCAAUGCCGAUGAAGCCGGUGCAUUAGGUGCUGCAUACCAGGCUGCCUAUCUAUCUAAAGGAUUCAAAGUAAAAGUAUUUCAUCUAAAAGAUUGGAAUCAAUAUCAAAUGAAUGUGGAUUUCGAACGUGAAAAUGCUACGGAUAAAAAAGUUGUAUCACGUACAUUGUUUGCACGUGGUAAUACAUUCCCACAGAAAAAAGUCAUAACAUUCAAUAAGAAUCGUGAUGAUUUUGAAUUUAAAGUUAACUAUGUUGAACCGAGCAUUCCGCAAGAUAGUAAAUCGACCAUAAUGAAAGUUUCAUUGACAAAUGUAGCGGAAAUAUUCGAUAAAUUUACCACAAAUUCUAGUGUUGAAUCAAAAGGAAUUAAAGUACAUUUUCGUAUGGAUGAAAGUGGAAUUCUCAAACUAGAAAGCAGUGAAGCAUCGUUCGAAGUGGAAUAUGAAGAGAUUAUCGAAAAGGAUAAUUAUGAACAGAUCAGUAAUCUUGUUGGUGAUGCUAUAUCGAAAUUUGGUAGUAAACUUUCAAGUCUUUUCAGUGGUAAUGAGAAUCUUUCAGCAAAUGAGACGGAAAAUGUUAAUGGCACUGAAUCGAAACAAGAUGAAGAAACACUGAAAGCAAAUACAACAAAUAUUACCGAUUCUGGAUUGGAGGAAAAAAUCCUAAACAAUACCAGUUCGAAUCAAAACAAUUUUACAGGUACUAAUGAUACUAAUAAUAGUCAGAAGAAUGAAAGUUUGAAUGCAACGAUGGAACUGAAUCAAAAUGGUACUACCAAAAGUUUUCAAAAAGAAAUUAAGAAAAAAAUUAUCAAAGAAGAGAUUAUAACAAAUGUCGAACAAUUAUUGGGUGGUGAUUUUCAAUUAUCAUCCGAAACGAUUGCUGCAUCACAACAAAAAUUGGAUACAUUGAAUAAAAGAGAAAAAGAUAAACUUAAACGUGAUCAGAUGAAAAAUGCAUUAGAAUCAUUUAUACAUGAAACAAGAGAUAAAUUAAAUCAAGAUGAUUAUAGCCAAUCGGUUACGGAUGAUGAACGUGAACGCAUUGAAAAUGAAUUACGUACCGUAUCUGAAUGGCUUGAUUAUGAAUCGGAUUCUGAACAGGCAUCAACAUUUGAAGAAAAAUUGUCCAAACUUAAUGGCCAGACAAAAGAACUAUUUGAACGUGUACGUGAACAUAGUGAUCGUCCAGAAGCGUUAUCAUCAUUGACGAAUAUGUUGAACAUAGCUGAUAUGUUCCAUACAAACGCCAUGAAUGUGUCGAAAGAUGAACAAAUUUUUAGUGAUGUUGAAUUGUCUACAUUAAGAAAAUUGAUUGAUGAUACGAAAACCUGGAUGGAUGAUCAGAUACGUGAACAAGAUUUGUUACCACGUACAGCGAAUCCAUCUCUGACCGUUAGAAUCAUUGUGGAAAAAACAAUGUUGGUUGAUCGUGAAGUGAAAUACCUGUUGAACAAAGCUCGAAUUACACCGCCAAAGAAAAAACCCACAACAACAACAACAACAGCCGAUUCUAAUGAAGAAACUGGGAAAAAUACCACUGAAUCAACUAAUGAAAAGAACGAUACAAUUACUAUUGAUGAAAAAAUCCGAAACGAUUCAAUGAGUGAAGAAAUAAAGACAAAUAGUGAUGAUAAAAUUCCAGAAGAAUCGAAUACAAUUGUUGAUGAUGAACAGACAAUCAAACCGGAUAAUACAAACACUGAUUCUGGUCAUUCUAGUAAAACUGAAUUGUAAUAUAUGCACACACACACAUAUAAUAUUUCUUACUUAUACAUUCUAAAUAAAAUAAAAAAUUUCUAAUUUAUCAAA